CCGAGCUAGAGAUAAGCAUUUAUAACAAGGUCCGACGUCGCCUUUCGGUCCACUUUCGUGUGUUCUCCGCGAUGAACCGGGUUCUUCACGUCGCUGCCCUGCUCGUUGUGCUUGCAGUCACGGCCGCUAGAGGCCAGGAGUGCACCCACCCCUACACGGCCAUCGGAGGCUACUGCAUCUACAUCGACCCCUUCGAGACGGGGACUUUCGACGAGAUCCGCGCCCUCUGCAAGUCCCACAGCGGAGACAUCAUCUGGUUCGAGGCCGGCCUGGACUGCGACCUCUUCCGGGAUAUCAUAGAGCACAUCCACGCAAACAGUCUGAACGAGCACGAUUACUGGAUGGGCAUCACGGACAACGGACACGAAGGAGACUGGCGAUUCGUGAAGACCAACCAAAUAGUCCGGCUUGGCGCCCCCUUCUGGUGGGUCAACACGCCCACGGAAGCCACCAACAAGAACUGCGCCAUCAUGCAAAAAUCCGUCGGUUACUAUUUCGUCGACGUCGCCUGCAACGCCGCGACCUACAGUGCCAUCUGUCGGAAGAAUUGAUCGGAGCGUUUUGGCGGGAAAUGCAAACGGUUCUCGUGUUCGGUUCUUGAUAAAUGCAACGUGAUAA